AUGGCUCCCCGUAGGUCAGCCCGCUUGAGAGGCAGCAGCACUCCCGUCACCGAGGAUCAGUUUCCUGUCCCUCCAAGCACGACUCCCCCCAGACUCGCUUCUGUUGUCGAACACAGCGAGACCCCACCCACGAAUUCACUUCCACACAACCAUGCCACAUUAACCACCACGCCACAAAGUCCUUCUACCAGGAAGAAGUCGACCCCGUCUUCCAACAACAAAAAAAACAUGAAAACACCAACAACUGCGGGUAGCAUGCGUCCUGCGGCGGAGGAGAUGCAUCCCAGCAAGGCACACCAGAGCACCACCAAGCAACCAGAUUCUGGUCUUGUCCUUGGCUUCAACCCUGUUAAAAGAGACUCGGCUGGAAAAGCUAUCAAAGAAAACGCGGCUACCAACACACCAUCCAAGGUCAUAACAUCUCCGCCUAGCAAGCUGGAUAGCGCCUCCAAGUUCGACUUUAGGUUCUCCACCGAUGACUCCAAGUUGAGCGACGAGGCGCGAAAGCUCAUGGUUAGUGUUCGCGAGGAUGUUGCAAGAAUCAAAGCACAGAUGGUUCUAGAAAAGGGUGAGCAACAGCGCAAGGACCAAGACACUGUGGAUGGUAGAAAAAUUGCCCAGCCCAAGGGCAAGGCAGGCCGUUUUAGCGAUGCCCAUAUGACUGAGUUUAAGAAGAUGGACUCGAUUGCGGGACACCCCUCUGCUUUCAGAGCACAGCCAGGCCGUUUCCAACCUGUCGAGAAGUCCUUGAAACGCAAGAGCUCCAAGGCUUGCUUGGACGAGCCAGAGCAGAAGCCUUCACCUUCGAAGGUGCCUUUGGGAGGGACCAAGCGUGUGAAGCGAUUCGAUGGACCGGAUACCUCUACGGUUCGCCCACCGGCAGAGAUUGCUACUCCGAAGAAGACAGUCCCCCAUUCUUCCAGACCACCGAUUCGCAACAACUCGCUCAUGACUCCUACCAAAUCCUCGGUUGCGCGUUUCGCCUCUGCAAGAUCGUCCAAAACUUCAAUGAUCCCUUCUCUGAAUCGUUCGCCAGCAUCGCGUCUUACAGCACCUCGCACCCCGAAAACAGACUUCAAUCCUAGGCUCAAGAAAUCAUUGCCAAGCCUUGGCAAUCUGAAGUCGAUUUUGAAACGUCGCCAGCCGCUCUUUUCAACUGACCCGUCAAAGGUCGCUUCUGGAACGCACCUGGCAGCUCCUUCUUUCAACCCUGACAUCAAUUUGAAAGAUUUCCCGACUGCAUCUUUUGGUGCUGAUAGUCAGACUCCUUCUCCCAAGAAGCGAGUUGAUUUCACCUCGAGCACUAAGUCUCGCUACGAAAUCCCGCAGCCGUCUCCAUCGCCAUCUAAAAUCCUUGCACCUCGUGGUGAUGCUGCCUCGUCCGACGUCGUCUACCCGACUUUGCCAUCACUUACACCAGAUAGCACAAAGGCUGACACGCCCACUAUUCGACGUGUGAGGGACUCAGCCAAUCCUGCCCAGCCCACCAGCCCACUCGCCAAUUUCCCCAGCACAUCUCAUGGAAUUUCGAACAAGAAGCGCCAUAAUGACAAUGGUAGUCCUAGACCUUCUGAGAAAGUUUUGAAGCCACCUGCUACUCUCUCAGGACUGACCAACGAGUCCCACAACAUGUUGGCCGUGCCUCAUGGGAUUAAGAACAAGAAGCGUCAGCGCGAGGAAGAUGGUGACUGGGAUGUUCCCUCAAAGGAGAUUUCUAGAUCCGAUUUCUUUAAUUCAGUCAAGAAAAGUCCAUCCACUGCCCUCCUCGCCGUGCCUCAUGGAAUUAACCACAAGAAGCGUCAGCGUGUAGAUGACGAUGUCGAGACCGAAAACAUCCCACCGGCCACAACUCCCACAGAUGAGCAGCGAAGCGUCAAACGGCUCAAGGCUAGUCCCAUCAAGAUGAACCCUGUUAGCCCGAGUCCACUCAAGUCUCGCGGGGUUACACCUAGACGCAUGGCUGGUAGCCGGGUCGGUACUCCCAACACCGCUUCGAAGAAGGGCGUUCUUAGCUUGAGCCGCUUGAACAUGCUUUCGAAGCCAAAGCCUCGCAGUUGA